AGACUUGAAAACUGAAGAGAUCCAAGAAAAUAAUAUCCAAACGGUCCGGUAUCUCACGCCACCGUAGACUGCACAUUCGUACAGCCGUUCAGCCAAUGGAAGCUCGGUCGCGGUCCAAAUUAUGAAGAUCGCUUGAGGGAAACGAGAGAGAACUCAGUAGACUGUGCAGGUCAAAGGAGAGAAAAUCUGUGGGAAACUCCAAUCACGUGACUGACGAGCCCAUGCAAUUGGACAGGCACUCUUAGUUUGAACCUUGCAGACCACAAUGCAGAAAGCCACUUACUAUGACAAUUCUGGACUUUUUGGAGGAUACUCCUACCCUAAAUCUGACUCCUUUACAUAUGGUCCUGCUCACCAGGGCUACUCCUCGUCCAGUAUAGAGAAUGACUAUCAAAAUGCAGUCUGUUCUAUUCAAACCUCGUCAGUCCGACCGCCAUCACAUAAAAAUGGAGACAUCAGUGGCAGUUGUAUGCGACAAAGUGCCAUUCAGGUCAACAGUCAGCCAGAGAACAUCAGUGAGCAGCAACAGCAGGCUGCCCCGUUAGCAGCCAGCUCACCCAGCCCUAACACCAACUCCACCCAAAAAAAGAAAUCACCCAGCAACACUGGCUCCAGCACUGCCACCCCAGUCAUCACCAAGCAAAUCUUCCCAUGGAUGAAAGAGACCCGUCAAAACUCAAAGCAGAAAAGCACCAACUGCACAACUGCAGGAGAAACCUGCGAUGACAAGAGUCCACCUGGCCCUGCCUCGAAACGGGUGCGCACUGCUUACACCAGCGCCCAACUCGUUGAGCUGGAGAAAGAGUUUCAUUUUAAUCGCUACUUGUGUCGCCCCAGAAGAGUGGAGAUGGCUAAUCUACUCAAUCUCACCGAGCGCCAAAUAAAGAUCUGGUUUCAAAACAGGAGGAUGAAGUACAAAAAAGAUCAGAAAUCGAAGGGUAUAAUGCACUCUCCCUUAGGGCACUCUCCGGACAGAAGCCCGUCGCUAAGUGGUUCGAAUCACAUUGGAUAUUCUGGUCAGCUUCCAAAUGUAAACAGCCUGAGCUACGACGCGCCAUCUCCUCCGUCAUUUGCCAAACCGCAACAGAAUAUGUAUGGCUUGGCAGCCUACACGGCGCCAUUAGGCGGCUGCAUACCGCAACAGAAAAGGUACCCGGCCACAGAAUACGACCACCACAGCAUGCAAGGGAACGGCAGCUUUGCCAGUGCUAAUUUACAAGGCAGUCCCGUGUAUGUUGGGGGGAAUUUCGUUGAUUCAAUGCCAGCCUCGGGCCCUAUGUUCAACCUCGGUCAUCUUCCCCAUCCCUCAUCCGCUAGUGUGGACUACAGCUGUGCCGCUCAGAUUCCAGGCAACCACCAUCACGGACCGUGUGACCCCCACCCCACAUACACAGACCUCAGCUCUCACCACGCGUCUCAGGGAAGGCUGCAGGAUGCGCCCAAACUCACGCAUCUGUAAGGAUCCCAUCUGUGUGCUCAAGCGCAAUGUCGCUUUUUUUUAUUACCUCACUAGUUAAACGAAUUUAUAAAAUUACACUCCGAGAGAAACAUAACGUAUUAUCCCGUAUUGUUAUUAUUGAUAUUACUAUUACUGCUAUGAUUGUAAUUAUUUUUAAUAAUAGCUGUGGUCCAUUUCUCUUGACUGUUGAAGAUGCACAGGGGUGUUUGUAGUCUGUUGUUUGGUUCUCGGAGGAGCUAUGUGGGCAAAACGAGGACAAUUUCUAUACAUUAUUACUUGAAGGUAAGUUCUGUAGAUUUGACCGUAUAGACAUCCAUCUUUAUAGAGAUGGGAUUUGUAGAGAAAAAAUAAAAAAUAAAAAAAUAAUAAAAAAAAAAUCAUUGCCUCUUCGUUAAGUCGUCUGUUAGUCAUUGGCACUACCGAAUCUUAUCAUUAAAAAGUACCUUUAUUUAUUAUUUUCUUCCAAGACUGUAUGACAAACACUUAUCUUGACUGAGUAUUAUAUUUAUUAUUUAUCGAUUUUGUAACACAUUAUUUAUCUUUUCGUGUAGAUUAUUUAUACGCAGAAAUAUUUUGAGCAGAACCCACUGACAUUGUUUUUUUUUUUCUUUUUUUUUUUUUCUUUUUCUUUUUUUUCGAACUGGUGCAAACAGUGUGAUUUUGUGAGGCUGGUGUAUUUCUGUUUUCAUUCAAAAAAUAAAUAUUCUGCAAAAAAGAGAUAACAAGGCGGGUAUCUCGAUUUUUAUUUUUAUUUUUUUUAUUUUUUUAUUUUUUUCAAUAAUCAUUGGGAAUUGAACACUUUUUGGCCAAUGUUAUAGAUAAUAUGUUACUUAAAUACACCAGCACGUAGCCUAAUGAUCAUACCCUAACGUCAUUUAUAAAUGUUAUUUUAUAAGUUGCACAGUCCAUGCAUAAAAUGAUGAAAUGGUAACGAUAUGGAAAUGUUAUAUUUUAUUGUGUUAAACAUUUUGUAAAUAAAGUGCUGAACAAA